AUGCUAAUCUCUUCAAGAAAAUUUAGGAGUCGGUUAAUCUUAGUUCUAUUCAUUGUAGCUUUGAUCUUUUCUGCCAACUAGGUCGAAGGCAGAGGGAAGAAAAAGAGAUCCAAUUCGGCAAACUCUGCAAGUUGCGCUUCUCGUGGACUAGACUGCACAUCAACUUGCUGUCUGGAUACAACAUGUGCAGUUGAUCUAGCUGAUUGUGCUGGUUAUAUUAAUAGAGAACUUGAAGAGAUUUAUAUUGGAUUUGGAACGGUUAUUGCUUUAAUGAUUGGAAUUCCUUGUAUAUUAUGGUCAAUAAAUGCAUGCAUGAUGUACAAAUUUUGCUAAAAGGAGGAUGAGGCAGAUGGAGUAAAAACUGGAGGAUUUUCAAUCUUUGAAAUAUUUUUACUAGUUUGCUGCUGUGGUUGCUGCAAGCGUAAAAAGAGAUAUGUUGAUGAUGAAGAUUACGAUGAGGAAGAAGCUUCACAAUAGCAAUAGAGUAAUGAUGAUAUUCUGAAAGCAGAGCACACCUCAAAAUCAGGUAAUCUUGGAUAAAAUGUUGAUUCCAAGGGAAAUCAUAAUAGCACAUAGUAAAAUAGUCAAUAAGAUAAUCUCAGAUUAUAAGGCUAAAAGAAAAAUGUUCCAAAAAAUCCAUGUCUAAAAUGCUUAUGCAUUGUAUUCUGUUGUAUGGACUCCAAUUUCAAUGAAGACUCUAGUUAAGGAAACGACGAGAAAAAUCUAUUGUUAGAUGAUUAGAUAGCAGGUGAACCUAGUAUUGAGUUUAAUAACUCAGAGAGGAAGAACAGCAAGUCUAAAAAUAUUGAUUAAGAUGACUUGAAUCUUGAUGAUGAGCAAUUAGAUAACGAGGAAGAUGAUAACUAUAAGUCUGAACAGGAGAAAUGA